UUGGCGUUAUCAUUGUUAUUCACGGAAUGAUUUUAAAAAAUUAUGUCGAUAUUGUAUAAAUAAUAAUAAUAAUAAUAACAACAAUAAUUUUUCCAUCGAAGUCGUUUGAUUCGAAAAUCGAUGGAAUUCAUGGGCCACGGGGUUAUCGUACAUUCGAGACGGUGAACUCUCCACAAGGCUGYCUUCUUCAUAUGAAAAAUGAAGUCCGGUUGACGGACCUCGGCGUAACAACAGCACAAAACUGUGCCUUACACGAUUUUCAAUUACGAACUAUAAACGAAAGUUAGCACCAAGACAUGGAGCCAGUUCGUAAAAUAGUACACUCCAAGACAUCUGGUCUAGUGGAUUUGUCAYUGAUAUUAAAUGCUGCUGUGAAUGUUAAGGUCAAACUGCAGCUUGUACGUAAAAUUUCUGAUACUAUGGAGGAAUGUUGCCGAACCAAAAUUUACUUUGAUAAUAUGCUUAUUGUUUUAAUUAAGCUGUUUAACUCAACUGAACCAGUUUUUAGCCCAGAUAAUGAUUUAUUUAAAUUAAGAAAGUUGAUACUUCAAAUAAUUAAUAGAGUUCUUCCUAAACACGAACAAUCAAAAAUUCAUUUUCACAGCAUAUUUAAGUUGUGCACACAAGUUGUUGAAACUGAUAAUGAAGAGAAUGUGCUUUGUAGUUUAUUAAUCCUUAAGGAUCUACUGAACUCUUUCAAACCAAAAUACGAUUGUGUUUUAAAAGCAGAGAUUUUUAAAUUGUUAAUGUUUAUUAAGGAAAUAUAUAACAAUUCAAGUAGCCUAGAGAAAAUUUUUAAUUUUCAAAAGACUUCUGAUUUAAAAGUAUUAAUCACUACUAUUCGUGUACCUACAACUGUUACAAGAAACUCUGUUAAUUAUGCAUUUGUUCCAAUGGGAAAGCUAUCAUUUAAAGUUUUGAAAGAAAUCGCAUCGCUAUUGAAAAUAUAUUAUUCAUUUUAUAAUGAAGUUCCAGAUUUUAAGAAAGACAUUUUAGAAUUGAUUCCAGUACUUGUGAGAUUUUUUAAUUUGGAUAUCCCUUAUAAACCAGAUCACAGAGAUUUAGUGAUAGAUUUAAAACAUGCUCAAGUGAGGUUAUUGUUUUUUUUUUCACAAUUCGUAAAAGGUAUCAAGGAUGGAGUUCGUAUACAUUGUCCUUCAUUGCCUGGUAAAAUUAUAAGUUUGAUGAACUGUAAUGUAACAUCAGAUAUUACUAGCAUUCGUUCAGAAUUGCUCUCUGGGUUUGAAAGUGUUGUACUUAAUGAUUUCAAACAUGAAUUUUUGCCAUAUAUGGAUAAAUUUUUAGAUGAGACCUUAAUUACUGGAAAAAGUUGGUCUUCAAAAUCUUCACUAAGACCUAAAGCUUAUAUAUAUAUUGAUCAUCUUAUAACACAUUUACACAGUCAAUUAUCAUUAAAUUUUUUAGUUCGUGUAGUUCAUUUACAUUUUUCUAAUUUAUUAGAUCCUACUCUCCAACCUGAAUUUCAAAUUAAUUUAUGUAACAUGGUCAUGAAUGUAUUAAGUUAUAUUGUUCAACGACAAAAUCAGUCCAUUACAAACUUGAAUUUGAUUGAAAAAGGCAAGAGUCCUUUAAUAGAUUUAUUUUAUCGAGUAUUUCAUAUUUUUGUUUUGAACACAAYUCAACGACAGACAUAUAAUACUCGUAUGGUUGACUCAGUAGUGAUGGAUGUAUGGAAAUGGCUUUCGUGUAUCAGUCCAAAUCAUCUAAUGACAUUGAUCACAGGGGAUCAUUUAGUUAAACAGAUUUAUGCUAAUAAUCUAGAAUCAUUAGUCUUUGAAAUGGCAUUGAAAGAUGAAGUUUUGGUUUCAAUUUUUAGCAAUUUACUAUCAUACUAUAAAAGUUUAACAAGUGAUUCAAUUGAAUUAAAAGUUGCGAUUGCAGAGUUGUGUUUGGCGGAGUGUGUGUUUAAAGUUGUUCUUCAUUCUCAUAUAAUGGAUCUAUUGUCAGUAAUUGCUUAUUCAUUACAAAUACCUGAAUUGACACCACAAAAAGCAAUGUUUUCGGACCUCCAGAAGAGAAUGCAAUUCACAUUGAAACCUAUUUUCUAA